UGUUUGGAGAAUGUAACCAUAUUAAACGUGAGACCAAUCAGCUGUAAUAAUCACUACAUAUGCAUAGAAUGUUACAAGCUAGCUAAGUCACCUAACCCGCGUAACAUGCGGCCAUACAGCUGUGUUUCGUGCCGUAGAUCAAAAAGGCGUGACGAUUUGAAAAUGACCAAGCUAAAAUUCAGGGAAUGGAUCAGCGAGUUCUGGUACACCCCCGAAAGUUUUGAUGUAACAUAUCCCAAAUUCCAGACACAAUUAAAUCAAGAGUUAAUGGGUUUAGCUAGGACGCCACGGGGUAGGGCUCUACGCGGUAAGGUGGCCACAACACCACGGCCAUUAAGAGGAAUCGGUCGAGGUACAAAUAAUUCGCCAGAUCAAUAUAACCCCACCCCCGGACCAAGUGGACAUCAAAUCCCGGUACCACCUGGCCACUCUAUCUCAAGUGAGCCUAAUUUAGUAUUACUGUUUUUAUUUAUUGUUUACCUGAACUGUUUCGCAACUCUUGUACUCAUUUCAUAUCAAUUGUUUGAAAUGACGUUCGCAUACUGUCAGCUCUGCGACUUAUGGCGUCCGAUGGUUAACCAAACCCCAUUGGAACCGAUAGUCGGCGGUUGUGGUCACACAUUCUGUUGUCUGGAAUGCAUUGAACACUACCGGCGCAGCGCCUUCUUCGGCAACCGGCGCUACAGUUGCGUACACUGUUUUGUGACCGCAGUGGAGCGGUCACUCCCCGAGCUCAAUGAUUUCGCAUCGGAGGCCGAGUUCUACUCAUUCGCAUCCAAUUUAUGUCUUCAACGCCUCGGGUCUGAUCUGAUGGAGGCCAUGUAUUGGGCCGAAGACGCUGAGGAGGUCGAGGCCGCCGGAGAUCUCGGUGUGGUCGGUGCGGUCGCGGCACAGGUCGGAGGCGGAGAUUAUGGUGAGUUUUGCGACGAUGAGAUCGGUUCCGACUUUGGCUUCGAAGACAUUGAAUCGCACACCAACGGCGACGACAACAACGGAUUCAUAGCCGUAGUGUACAAUAUAUCUUCCCGUACGAUAUACGUGCCGUACGUUAUACCACGUGACCGGCGGUUAUUGCGGUUGGACUUGCUGGGGUUCUAUGGGGCAAGACUUAUUAAGCCUAGUUCCCUACCCACUCAUAUCACAUCCUUGAGUAUAGCCUUUGAGUUCAUUAUUAUGUCCGUGUCUUCGGUGGUGUCCGUCAGUGUAGUUGUGUUGUCCACUGAUGUGUCCGCAAACAUCGGGCUUGUAAUCGCCAUAUGUGCAGCGCCGGCACUAAUCACCGGCAGUCCCUUCAGUGACCCACACUUUAAGGACAACCGAUCAGUAAUAGUACACCUAAUGGAGUGGACGUACGCAGAGGUGGCCAAAGAGUGCUUUGGAGGGGUGCAACUGUCACCGGUAACCGAGGUGGCAGUGCUAGACCAACGCUACCAACUUGUCACAUAUGAGAUCAAUGGCCGCUCGGGCGAAGAGAAGGCUUUCGCCGAUAUGGUUGGAAAAUGUAAUAAAGUCGGAGUUAGGAUCUAUGUUGAUGUGGUGCUCAACCAUAUGACUAUGGCUAAAGAGGCCAGUCACACCUACAACGGCAAAGAUCUCAAGUAUGAGGUGCCGUACAGUUACCUAAACUUUCAUCAACAACCGGCCUGUCCCACUCCGGGAGGCAAUUUGGACAUUCGUAACGAUAAACGACCCGAGUUGGGUGGACUACGGGUCUUAGAUCAGGGCAAAGAGUGGGUGCGACAGAAACAGGUAGAUUUUCUCAACAAAAUGAUCGCACAUAAUGUCGCCGGUUUUCGAUCCGGCGUCAGUAAACACCAGUGGCCUCAAGACCUGCAAAAUAUCACCACCCGCUUGACAAACCUGAACUCUAAAUACUUCCCGGCCGGCGCCCGACCCAUGAUAUACAAUAAGUUUAUAUCCGGCUACAAAGUAUACGUCGUUGGGUCGGGUGAUCGAGUUGAAAAACUACGACAAUUUGUUGGGCUACAACCGGGUGAGCUAUUUGUUAAAUACGGCGCCAAAACAAAAGACUGGAGUAUGCUUCCCAGCGACGACUCCCUGAUUAUCGUCGACAGCCAUGAUCUACAACGCGGACACAGCGGCGUUAUUACUGUUACGCUCACUUACUUUGACCGCCGGCUACUAAAAAUGGCCACCCCUUUAAUGCUUAACAGCCUGGCUUUAUUCAAUACAAAGGCCGGCCUUAUAGAGACCCUGUUUGAGGAUUUAAUACUGCAUUGUUUGUCCACCACCGCCAAUGAGUGCAUACUUACCGGUGCUUUACUCGACGCCUGUAUUGGUGGUAAUAGCGACUAUUGGGGUGUUUUGCACCCCUUCGCACAACUGGUUGCCGGCCGUACCGCUAACGGCGCCCUAUCGUUGCCGGCGUUUCAUAUGGCAAAUAUGACUGCGUCGGUCACCGGUAGUAAAGAGGCGUCUGGCGGAACCGGUAGUAUCGACAGUAAGACAAGUAGGCAUUGGAGCAAAUGCGUGGGUAGUGUUCAGGCCGCCAGCUCAAGCCUAGUGGACAUCAUUCGACAAUUACUGUCAUACGGCGCCGAUGCCUACCUUAACACCGCUUUUAUGGACUACUCGGGCACUCACUGUUCCGCCUUCCGGGGCUGUAUGUCAGCUAUAGCUGUGACCGCAAUGCAUGGCCAGCAACCGGCCUUACGGGCUUUUUUGCCCACCUAUGGUUGUCAUAACAACGAGGACGGCUCCGGAGGUCGGGAUGUGCUGUCAUUGGAAGAGAUGUUGACUGAGACUCGCACCGGAAGUGUGGACACCUGGCGCCAACCGCGCAUACAAGUAGUCACACCCAAUCAAAGCAAGUGUAGCGCCCCGGGGGCUCUCCUAAAUGUGGUCAUCCAAUUGACCAAGUCUAAGCUCAGGGUACUUCAAAAGGCUAUGUAUCAUUCUGUAGAGACCGGCUGUUUGGAGAAUACCCUGGAUUUGAGAAAUAUUGUUGAGCAUAUCCAGGACAUCUUGGACAUAAUCGAUAGUUGGCGAACCGAUCUGGGUGUUUUGUAUGCAAAAGUAGAACUGCAUAUUAAAAAUGCUAGUCAUCAAUCCACAUCAGUAAUGGAUGUGAAAGGCAACCGGACCACCAAAUAUCAAGUGGUAAGACAACUAAAUGUGUCUGAAAACUGGGAUCAGCUUAAUGGUAAAGGUAUCAAGAAGUAUGUGACUAGUUUUGAAUCGAGCAAUCAUUGGCGUGAUUGUACU